GAUCAAAUUUUCAUUUCUCAGAGCAAACGAAAAUGUCAUCAACCACAAACACCAACACCAACAACAUGGACGACGUUGAUCGUUUGUUCGCAUGUUUCAAGUGCGGUUUAACCCCUCCCAAGUCCGCAAUGAGGGAAAGAAAAAGAAGGAAAAGGAAAAUGGAGCAAGGGAAUUCGAAAAUCGAGGUUCCAUGGGAAUCUCCAAGUCCAGGAUCAGUUGGAUCAGAACUGAAAACCCCCGUGACAAGCAUCAGAAAAACGGACAAGGAGUCUUCCGUUGAGAAACUUAAAUCAGCUUUAACCAAAUCCAAAAGCUUCAGUCGUGGGAAGCAGAUCUCUCCAGUUGUAUUUUAUGGAUCUCCUCGUGGUGUGCCUCCCAAAAAGCCAACCCGUUUAUGGCGAUUGCUACAUGAGAUACGUCUUGAUUUCUCCCAGCAAAAUAAAUUGAACUUAAGGUGCUUGGCGGAUGCUGAAUAUGACUUGAAUCCUGCUUUGUGUUUGUCUAGGAAGGAUGUUUGGAUCACAUUCCCAAGACAGGAUGAAGCAAUGAAGUUUGCCAAAGGACAAGAAGAUGUUCAUGUUUUCAGCUAUCAAGACCACUUUAAUGGCCAAAGAAGGUUCCUUGUGUCUACAUACACAGAAUUCUGGCAAAGGUACAAGAAUAUGGAUUCCAAAUUCCGUCAUCAUUAUGAAGUGAUCCAAGAGGGAUUACCAUGCCACCUUUAUUUUGAUUUGGAGUUCAACAAGAGAGCCAACAUGGGAAAGAAUGGAGAUGAAAUGGUUGAUCUCUUGAUAUCAGUAGUUCUAGAAGCCUUAGAUGAAAAAUAUGGAAUUAAUGGAGACCAAGACUGGGUAGUAGAGCUUGAUUCUUCAACUGAAGAUAAGUUCUCUCGUCAUCUAAUAGUUCGCAUACCAAAGACUGCUUUCAAGGAUAACUCUCAUGCAGGUGCAUUUGUUUCAGAAAUAUGCUCAAGAAUUCUAAAUGGAAGGAGGGAAGAUAGAAGUUUUGAAAAAUUGUUUGUAAUGAAAGAUUCAAGCAGCAAUGAAUCUGCAGGACAACUUUUUGUGGAUUCUGCUGUAUAUUCUCGGAACCGUUGUUUCCGUCUUUUUCUUUCUUCAAAAGCUGGAAAAAGUUCAGUUCUUCUGCCAACCAAGCGAUUUAAGUGCAAUAGCUUGGGUGAAGAAGACAUGUUCAUGGCUUCCUUGAUCUGCAAUAUGGAUGUUGAUUGCGAAAAGUUCCUGGUCUGCAAAACAGACUUAGAUUGUGUGAAAACUCUGCACUUUGAUACAGAGGUGAAUAGUAAUCUUGGAAAUUCCUGCCAAAUUCCUCCAGAAUUUACAUUGAAUACUUGCUCAACCAAUGCUUCAAUGACAUACUUUAUGGGAAAGUCACCAUUCCCAUUUCUGGACAAAUUUAUACUAUCUAUUGCCUCUGUCGGGAGUAUACCAGGAAAAAUUCAUAGCUGGUAUUUUUUCUCGGAAUUUGGACUGAUGGUCUACAGCAUGACAAAAAAUAGAUACUGUGAGCGAAUUGGCAGACAGCAUAAAAGCAAUAAUGUGAUAUACGUUGUUGAUCUACGGAGGGCAGUAUAUUAUCAGAAAUGUCAUGAUCCUGACUGCAGAGGUUACCGAUCUCCCUUGCGACAAAUCCCAGUUCAUGUGUUCUCCAAUCCGUCAGUUGUAAUUGAUUCGUUUGGGUUGUUGGAUGACAAACAGCCAGUACAUGAUGAAUGGAGACAUCAACUUGAUGAUAACAAACAAAAUAUUCUACAAUAUGAAGAUAUUGUUGAGGACAACUCCAAUGAUUCUUGGUGGCUAGAAGCCAUAAGAGUUGUUGAGGAUGUUGAGAAUAAGCAAACUAUGACUAUGUGUUUUAUUUAUCUUAAUUGUUUACAUGAACAUAACAUUGAAUAUCAGCUUCAUAAAAUAUGUUAAAAGCAGGAGGAAAUUGAUGAUGGAGACGAGGAAUGGUGGCUGGCUGUAGAAAGGACUGCAUCCCAGGUUGAACUGACCUGCUUCAGUUAA